UAUGAGUAAUGCAGAGAUGGAUGUCAUUAACACAUUUCUGCACAGUUGAUUUGGUAGUAACUGUGAUAAUUUCAAUUGUUUCAUUCAGGGAUUAUGCCCACUUUAAGGAUUAUUUGGAUUCCCAUUUGACACUGGGCACAUCGGCAUUCUGGGUUUGCUACAACAGCUGGGCUCUGUGCAUGAAAACCUUAGACUGCUUCCCCAUCUUUGCUUGGCAAAUCACCUCCUCUCAGUCUCCAUUUCGUCCACCGGGAAAUGGGAGUGGUAGCUCCACUGAGAAUAAUAAAUUUGACGCGUGGGCACUAUUGCUUUUAUAUUAUGGAUGAAAUGUGCCUGUUUCCAGACCCUGUGGAUCAGCAGGCCCCACGGAGUUUCGCAGAGAGACCGCUAGGCUGGCAGUGGAUUGUCACAUACCUAAUAUCCUUCCAACAGGGCUUGCCCCAGCCACCCCCCUUGGGAGCGUUUCUGAUUUCCCAUCAGAGACCAGGGCUCAGAUGCACUGGGAGACAAGGCAAAGGCGUCUCCUUCCGGGGUCACAUUGCAACCCCUGCUAUGAUGUAACAGCUGCUGCAUGUUCUGUGCCUUACUGUGUGGCCCACACAGGGCUGGGUGUGGCCGUGCCUUCUUGCCCUCCCUCCACACCCCCUUCUCCAGGUAGGAGGGAUUAGCUUCAAAUUCAAGUUAGGACUGCCAGAGGUCAGUGACUUGCCUAUGGCCCCAGGAAGGGGUCAGGGAGAUGGGGUGAGCCAAGUGCUCCUUGGCUUUUCACCCUCCCACCCCCACAAGACUCCCAGUGGUAUAGACAGAUUCACCUGUUAGGCUAUGGCUGGGUUCUAGGUCCAGGACUGCUCUGAACCACACUGUGAUCUUUGGCAGGUUACCUAAUGUCUCUGGGCUUCAGAUAUGCUGCUGUAAACAAGAAUGACUUGCAGAAGGAGCUUUUUUGUCAUUGAGAGAUAGAGAUGACCAGGGUAGGGGAAAGAACAUAGCAGAGCAAUGGGCAAUGUAAGGAUUAGGAACAAGUCUACGCCUGAUGUUGCCCAGACUGUCUCAUCAAACUUGGAUCUUUCCCAGAGGCCAACACAGGAUCUAGUGCAGAGUAGGUAAUGCCAUGUAUGACUGGUAUGAGAUGGACAGAAGGAUAGAGACUGAAACAGAGGUUGUGGGCAGCCCAGAACACAUGGACAGCCCAGAAGAAGUGAACAGCCCAGAAGAUGUAGACAGCCCAGAAGGUUCCCCUCUGCCUCUCAGCUGGCCCCCACGGCAAGACCAUCAAUCAGACAUGACUGAAGAGGAGAUAGAUGUGGCCCCUGCAAGUCCUGAGGUUGAAGAAGCUGGGGACAGCUCCCCAAGAUUGGGGUGUAAGGCCAGUCCCAGCUCAGAGGACAAUGAAAACACCAGCCCCAUGGCUCUGGGGUGGGGUCAGGCCAAUGGAAACAGGCCUUUGGAACAUUCUGAGGUCAACCCAUCUGUGGAACUCAGCUUGGCCAGGUCCUGGAGCAGUGGGACCGUAAGCCUCGGCCACCCUAGUGACAGCCUUGAUUCUACCUGGGAAGGAGAGACUGAUGUCCCCCCGCCCACUGCUCUGGCAGAAACCCUGCCAGAGGGCCCCAGCCACCACCUCCUACACCCAGAUGACAGAAUUGGACACAGUGUUGCCCAGGCGACACCCAUGGAAUUCCAGGGCACCUCAGCUCCGCCAGCCUGGGGCCCCCAGUGCACCGCAGGUGGAUGGAGGACAGACCCUACCAGCCUGCCCAGCUCGCAGCUCAAGGACCAAGCCUGGAAACGGACAAAGACAUCACCUAAGCCACUGCCCUCCCGAUUCACUGGCUCCCGCAGCCCCCUGAAUCCUCGGCCUAAGCUGGCCCAGAAGCACAGAUUGCAGCCCAGCCAGGGGGCUACUCUGGCUAGCUGCUCCUCUUCUGAUGCCCCCAUGUAUGGCCGGGGGCGUCUGAACUACCCACUCCCUGAUUUCUCCAAGGUGGGGCCCCGAGUGAGGUUCCCCAAAGAUGAGAGCUACCGACCCCCCAAGUCCAAGAGCCACAGCAGGCAGCCUCAGGCCUCUGAUGGACCCCUGAUCUUCAAGUCUCCGGCUGAGAUUGUGCGGGAGGUGCUGCUGAGCAGCGGAGAAGUGUCCCCGGCCAAGGACCCACCCCCAGCCCAUCCAGUCACCAGGGUACCCCAGGAGUUUCAGACACCUGAACAAGCCACAGAGCUGGUCCAUCAGCUCCAGGAGGAUUACCACAGGCUCCUCACCAAGUAUGCCGAGGCCGAGAACACCAUUGACCAGCUGCGCCUCGGGGCCAAGGUCACCCUGUACUCUGACCUGCCCCAGCCCAGCCGCAACAUCCAUGAGGGGACAGUGCCCCAGGGGACCAAGGUCUUGUCCUUCACCAUCCCGCAGCCCCGCUUGGUGGAAUGGAGGCCCGGCCCUGUCACGGAGCCCCGAGCCGCGGAGCCCACGGGGUGGCCGGCGGCCCAAGGAGAGCUGAGCCCCUCCUCGCACCCUGACAUGCCCACCCCAGGGUGGCUUCCAGAGAGCCAGGGCAUCGCCCCCCUUCAGCCCUCCACAGAAGGGACCCAGGUGCUGGCUUCUCAGGCCAGUCGGCUCCUAGCCCAGGUGGAAUCCUUCGAGGGACUGAUGGAGGCGGGGCAGCUCACCCCCCAGGAACGACUCAAGGGCUUCCUGUGGCCGAGGGCUGCCCACGCGGCGCUGGAGGAGGAGUACCUGAGGGCCCGCAGGGGGCCACCCCCCACCCCCCAGCUUGCUGACUCCCAGGGGACACCAGGGACAUUCGAUCCUGGCAGGGAGUUGGAGGCCGAGAUUCAUCACCUGGGAAUCCGCCUGGAGAAGCUGAAGGACCAUGAGGACCAGACGCAGGGACAGUCUGAGCCGUCCUGGGCGGCUGUGGCUCUGGACAGCACCCUGGGCACACUCUUCCCCCACCCGCCAGCACCCCUGCCUGCUCCUCCAGGACAAGCGUCCGUGCCGGCCACCCCAACCCCACGCCUGGAGGCCCAGCCCACACCGGGCCCCUGCCCACUGCACAUGGACGGAGAGGGGAGUCCUGGCAGCAGCGAGACAGAGCUCAGCCAGAGGGACCUCCCUGCCCUGCUCAGGCACAAGGAGCUGCAAACGGAGCAGGACUUCCAGGGCCUCCUGGAGCGGUACCUCAGCAUGAAGUCCCUCCCAGAAGCCCUGCGGGUGAAGGGGGACAAGGAGCAGCUGGGCGAGCAGGAGGAGGAGGAGGAAGAGGAGAAAGGUCUUCACACCCCGGGAGUCAAUGGGCCAGCUUCACUUGCAGGCAAAGCAGAAGCCACCAGGUUUCCCCCAAGGCAGCACCCAGCACGGGCCGAGCAAGGUCCCAGGGCCCCUCCCCAGGAGAAUGUGGAACAGAUGGUCUCCAGGAAGCCACCAGGCUCCCAGACAUCCAAGGCCAGAGACAGGCACCUGCCGGGCUUGGGCAAGACUGAGGCAGCUGCUCUGGGGCCUGGCACGCCACCCAACCCAGUGGGCACAAAGGCCGCAGCCUCUCACCUGAGCAGCCUGAGCAGCCCGGAGGGGAGCGGCCUCUCGGAGCACCUCGCACCAAAGACUUUGCAUCAGGUUGGUGCCCCAGAGGAUCCCUGGAUGGCGUCCCCCGAGACUGACAGUGGUUUCAUGGGCUCAGAGACCAGCCGAGUGUCGCCCCUCACCCAGACCCCCGAGCACCGGCUCUCCCACAGCAGCACUCCAGGAACAUUAGCCCAUCACGUGGCUGCAUCUGUGCCCCUCAGUGGAGACUCCCACCCCAAGGCCAGGGGUCCCCGGGUCCCCAGGAGAGAGGCAGGGCCCAGCACCUCCAGGAACCGAGCCCUGCGGCACCUCUUGAGCACAAGUGGCACCCCCCGGCACAGGACACCUGGUUCCCACCUGGAGCAGGCAGUGGCAAUGGGGGUCCCUGGCUCGGAGCUCCAGGGCCAAAAAAGGACUCCUGCACAGGUCCUGCCCAGCAGGACAACCAGCCCCAUGCCCACGCCUUCCCCUGAAGCUGCCCCACCGCCCUCUGGACCAGCAGAGACCAUCCCCAACCUCCUUCUGACCAGAACAGAGCGAGACCAGGCCAUCCGAGAGCUGCAAGCAGAGGUGUCCCGGCUCCGUCUGCGGCUAGAGGACAGCCUGCAACAGCCUCCCCAGGGCAGCCCGAAGCGUGCGGCGUCUGCCUCUGACCGCCCUGCCCGGACCCGGGACCGAGCCGCCCAUUCCAGCUGGGGCUCCCACGGUAGCAGCAAAUCCACAGAGAGGUUGUCCGGGGAGCCUGAAGGUACAGAGAGAGCUUGGACUGCAGGAAGACGACGCGCCCAGUCUUCCUCCGUGCCUCGGGAGGUGCCCCGGCUGUCCCUGAGUUCAGAAUCUGAGCCACCCUCCCCACAGCUGCCCUCUGGGAAGAUCACCGAGGACAGUCCCCGGGCAGCUCAUGACGGCACAGGAGGAACAAGGGGUACCAGAAGGCCGGACAGGGUCUCCUUCCAGGGCCAGUACACAGGCCAGGAGUACCACAUGCUGUCCCCCAAGGCCAUUCUGAGAGGCAGUGGCUCAGCCUUCUGUGCUCACUGCCAGUCUGUUAAGAUCCAGGACACAGGAGCUGCUGCCAGUGACCCACUGCGACUGCUAGACACUGAUAGCCUCCGAUGUCCCCUGUGUGGCCAAGCAGGAGCCUCUCCAGAGGAGGAUGGCCCAAGCCCAGCCACCUCUGGUGCAGACAAGGCAGCCACACGGAGAGAUGCACCUCCGACCUCCAGCCCCAGGCAGAGGAGCAAGCGGGCAGGCUCUCCACCACGGCCGCCCCCCGGACUAUGGUACCUGGCAGCUGCACCCUCAGCACCGGCUCCUCCAGCCUUUGCCUACAUCUCCUCUGUGCCCAUCAUGCCUUAUCCUGCAGCCUCGGUGUACUAUGCACCCCCAGCAUCUACCUCAGCCCCCAAGGCCUCCUUGCGGCCAUCUCGCAGACACCAACACUCCAUCCAGCUGGACCUAGAUGACCUGGAGGAGCUGCACAGGGCCCUGAGCCGGGCUGUGCAGGCGGCAGAGAGUGUGCGCUCCACCACCCAGCAGAUGCGCCACUCACUGUCAGCGGACCUGCGCCAGGCCCAUGACCUACGGGGCUCCUGCCUCUUCUGACUCCCUGGAGGCUCCAGACAGCCCGCAGCCCCGUCCCAGGAGGGUCACCCACCUGCCCAGAGAGUAUGCUCCCGAUAGAAACUCGUCAGCCGUCACCAAGAGGAGCAACUCCCUGGAACACCAGGCAACCCGGAGCUACUGUGACCAAGGCCACGUCUGUCCACACAGAGCCUCUGGGACUGUCCUCCCUGGCCCUGCCCUUGUGCAUCCUCACCGGUACCAUGUUUUAUAUACAGGUGCACAGAACUUUUGUGCUGGGGAGUCAUCCUGUCUUGGCUCCUCCUUAGAAGGCCAGAGAAGACAGGAAAGGUUUCUGGACCAAACCUGUCCCCCACCUGUGACUAGCCACUCUGGACAUGCAUCUCUGGGAAGGGCCUGGCCAGAGACCUUGCUCCUAGUGACUGGUGGGCAGAGAGCAUUUGGGGACAAGGGAGACCUGUUAGGACGUGGUGCCCAAGGGUGAUGCAUGCCCAGCCCCUCCAUGGUUCCAUGGGCCUUUUCCGUGAGCCUGCUGGGACCAAGGCCACCCACAGAGGGCCCACAAAGCCAUCCACCACCGUCCCUCUCAGUACCUUGCCUCAAAGCCUGGGCUCUACCCCGGGCCUCUGUGGCACUGGACUGGUGACCAGCUACCUGUCUGGGCCACCAGGUCGGCCACCCCCACUACCCACCCCGUAGCAGCGCAUACCUCAGCAUUCCUGCAAUGUGUGUGCAUCGCAGACAUCUGUAUAUGUGAGGAUUGAAAAUCUAUUUUCGUUACAAGAGCAAAGCAAGAAUGAUCUUAAAAAACAAAACA